AAGGGGCCAGGUGCGCCAUUUUUUAGUUCUUUCUUCGUGAACUGGUUCUCGCUCUAAGCUCUCCUCUCUUUUCUGGCUCUUCUAGGGUUUUAAUUUUCUUCUCAAUUGAAUCAUUUUAGCAAGCUAGGGUUUUCUAAUUAUAGUUACCAUGGAUGAGGACCCUGAAUACGAGCAGCAAUACAACGAAGACGACGAUGACGAGGAAGAGAUCACCCAGGAGGACGCCUGGGCUGUUAUUUCUGCUUACUUCGAAGAGAAAGGAUUGGUCCGCCAACAGCUCGACUCUUUCGAUGAGUUCAUUCAGAAUACUAUGCAAGAAAUCGUCGACGAGUCUUCCGAUAUUGAGAUUCGUCCCGAGUCUCAGCACAACCCUGGUCACCAGUCUGAUUUUGCCGAGACAAUCUACAAAAUUGGGUUUGGUCAGAUUUACCUGAGUAAACCUAUGAUGACUGAGUCUGAUGGUGAAACGGCGACCUUGUUUCCCAAGGCUGCGAGGUUGAGGAACCUAACAUACUCGGCCCCUUUGUAUGUUGAUGUUACAAAGAGGGUUAUAAAGAAAGGACAUGAUGGUGAAGAAGUCACUGAGACUCAAGACUUUACCAAAGUUUUUAUCGGAAAGGUUCCUAUUAUGCUUCGGUCGAGUUAUUGUACAUUGUACCAAAAUUCAGAGAAGGAUUUGACAGAACUUGGGGAGUGUCCAUAUGACCAAGGUGGAUAUUUUAUUAUCAAUGGGAGUGAGAAGGUUCUAAUUGCUCAGGAGAAGAUGAGCACCAAUCAUGUGUAUGUGUUCAAGAAGAGGCAGCCUAACAAGUACGCCUAUGUUGCGGAAGUUCGGUCUAUGGCUGAGUCUCAAAACAGACCACCUAGUACCAUGUUUGUGCGGAUGCUUUCCCGAGCUAGUUCUAAAGGGGGAUCAUCUGGGCAGUACAUAAGGGCUACUCUUCCAUAUAUUCGAGCCGAAAUACCAAUUAUUAUUGUCUUCCGUGCUUUGGGGUUUGUUGCUGAUAAAGACAUAUUGGAGCAUAUAUGUUAUGACUUCGCAGAUACUACAAUGAUGGAGUUGUUGCGGCCUUCUCUGGAGGAAGCAUUUGUGAUUCAAAAUCAACAGGUUGCACUGGAUUAUAUUGGUAAAAGAGGAGCAACUGUGGGAGUCACCAAGGAAAAGAGAAUUAAGUAUGCGAAAGAGAUACUUCAAAAGGAAAUGCUUCCCCAUGUUGGCACUGGAGAAUUUUGUGAGACAAAAAAAGCUUACUAUUUUGGCUAUAUCAUUCAUCGGCUUUUACUGUGUGCACUUGGUCGGAGGGCAGAAGAUGACAGAGAUCAUUAUGGCAAUAAGAGGCUGGACCUUGCUGGUCCUUUACUUGGAGGAUUGUUUAGAAUGUUAUUCAGGAAGCUAACAAGGGAUGUGAGAGGAUAUGUGCAGAAGUGUGUCGAUAAUGGGAAGGAUGUUAAUCUUCAAUUUGCCAUCAAAGCCAAAACCAUUACCAGUGGUCUUAAAUAUUCACUGGCUACUGGAAACUGGGGCCAAGCAAAUGCGGCUGGCACAAGAGCUGGAGUGUCACAGGUGUUAAAUCGUUUGACAUAUGCUUCCACAUUGUCACACUUGCGACGGUUAAAUUCUCCUAUUGGUCGUGAAGGAAAAUUGGCCAAGCCUCGUCAGUUGCAUAAUUCACAAUGGGGAAUGAUGUGUCCUGCUGAAACACCAGAAGGACAAGCAUGUGGGCUGGUGAAGAAUCUUGCAUUGAUGGUGUACAUAACUGUAGGAUCAGCUGCAUAUCCUAUAUUGGAAUUUUUGGAAGAAUGGGGAACAGAAAAUUUUGAGGAAAUUUCUCCUGCUGUUAUUCCCCAAGCUACCAAAAUUUUUGUUAAUGGUUGUUGGGUUGGUAUACAUCGUGAUCCUGACAUGUUGGUGAAAACACUACGACGCCUGAGGCGACGGGUUGAUGUUAAUACUGAGGUUGGGGUUGUUAGAGAUAUUCGUUUGAAAGAAUUACGGAUAUAUACGGACUACGGGCGUUGUAGUCGCCCAUUGUUCAUUGUGGAGAAACAGAGGCUUUUGAUAAAGAAAAAAGACAUUCAUACACUGCAACUGAGGGAAAACCCUGACGAUGCUGGUUGGCAUGAUCUUGUAUCCAAGGGAUUUAUAGAGUACAUUGACACUGAGGAAGAGGAAACCACAAUGAUUUCAAUGACAAUUAAUGACCUUGUACAAGCAAGGCUUAACCCAGAGGAGGCAUAUUCCGAGACAUACACUCACUGUGAAAUCCAUCCAUCACUAAUUUUGGGUGUCUGUGCUUCCAUUAUACCUUUUCCUGAUCAUAAUCAAUCACCAAGAAAUACAUAUCAAUCUGCUAUGGGCAAGCAAGCCAUGGGAAUUUAUGUCACUAACUACCAGUUUCGAAUGGAUACACUGGCCUAUGUUCUGUACUAUCCUCAAAAACCUCUUGUCACUACACGAGCCAUGGAACAUCUCCACUUUAGGCAACUUCCAGCUGGAAUUAAUGCCAUUGUUGCUAUUGCUUGCUACUCUGGUUAUAACCAGGAAGAUUCUGUCAUUAUGAAUCAGUCUUCUAUAGACCGUGGCUUUUUCCGAUCGCUUUUCUUUCGCUCAUAUAGAGAUGAGGAGAAAAAGAUGGGCACACUAGUCAAAGAGGACUUCGGCCGUCCAGAUAGAGCUAAUACUAUGGGUAUGAGGCAUGGCUCUUAUGAUAAAUUAGAUGAUGAUGGUCUUGCUCCUCCUGGAACUAGGGUUUCAGGAGAGGAUGUUAUUAUAGGAAAGACCACUCCUCUUGCCCAGGAUGAAGCUCAAGGACAAGCUGCUUCACGUUACUCACGACGUGAUCACAGCAUAAGCUUACGCCACAGUGAAAAUGGGAUUGUUGAUCAGGUUCUACUGACAACAAAUGCUGAUGGGUUGAGGUUUGUCAAAGUGCGAGUAAGAUCUGUUAGAAUACCUCAAAUUGGGGACAAGUUCAGUAGUCGACACGGUCAGAAGGGAACAGUAGGGAUGACUUAUACACAAGAAGACAUGCCAUGGACUGUGGAAGGAAUCACCCCCGAUAUUAUCGUGAAUCCACAUGCUAUUCCUUCUCGAAUGACAAUCGGUCAGCUUAUUGAGUGUAUCAUGGGGAAAGUUGCUGCUCAUAUGGGGAAGGAGGGAGAUGCAACUCCUUUUACAGACGUCACUGUGGAUAAUAUUAGUAAAGCACUUCAUAAAUGUUGUUAUCAAAUGCGUGGAUUCGAAACCAUGUACAACGGUCACACUGGCCGGCGGCUUCCUGCUAUGAUAUUCCUUGGACCAACUUACUACCAAAGAUUGAAGCAUAUGGUGGAUGAUAAGAUCCAUUCACGUGGACGAGGUCCUGUUCAGAUCCUUACAAGACAGCCUGCUGAGGGACGAUCUCGCGAUGGAGGUCUUCGCUUUGGAGAAAUGGAACGGGAUUGCAUGAUUGCUCACGGUGCAGCUCACUUUCUCAAGGAGAGAUUGUUUGAUCAGAGUGAUGCCUAUAGAGUUCAUGUCUGUGAGCGUUGUGGGUUGAUAGCAAUUGCAAAUCUUAAGAAGAAUUCUUUCGAGUGCAGAGGUUGCAAGAACAAAACCGACAUUGUACAGGUUCAUAUUCCUUAUGCCUGUAAGCUGCUUUUCCAGGAGCUUAUGGCCAUGGCCAUAGCUCCGAGAAUGCUGACAAAGGAAGUAAAACCAUUGAAAGACCAAAAGAAGAAAGGAGGCUGAGAAACCCGCAAGACUUUUCGGCUAUUUUUCUUGCAGACAAUUUCAGUAAGAAGUUGAAGUUGUGAUAUGAUAGGGUUCAAAAACCAGACAGAGUUGGGAAAGCUGGUUUCUAGCAAUUGAAGUCCAACCAUUUGUUUUGGUACAAAAAUCAUUUGAGAACAAAGAAUGAGGACUUAUCAGGUGUUAAUGUAUGAGGCUAUACUACUACUGCAUCAGAUUUUGAGGGACAUUAGGGGGAGAUUCAGAUUGUAAUAUAUUGUUAUAUGUGGGGCAAAUCAUGUUCAUUAAUUGUAAGCAUCUAUAGCUGUAUUGAAUUUCUGGUUUAAUCAUCGGCCUAAUUUAUUUGAUUGUAGCAACUCAAGAAUGAGAAUUUCAAGAGAAAAAUAAGAGCUUUACGUUAAAAAGUUUCGUUUGGUA